UCGCAACAUUAAAAGCAGGGAUGACAAAAUAGGUUAAAAUGAAGAGAAUGAUAGCAUAGGCCUUGUGCCUUGGUUGCAAUUCCAAAUUCCAAAUGAAGAUGGGAAGCAGCAACAACAACAAUAAGAAGAUGGAUUUCUCAGAAGAAACGUUUCCACUUCCACCGCUCCUAAUUCGUAACCUAAUUGUCUCAUUCGUAAACAACGCCGAUAAGUCUCUCAUACACUACGCCCAAAAAUACAAGCUCCUCGAAACGCUGCGUUUUAUAAUCGUAGGCUUCUACCUUUUCUUCAUUCGUUUCGUCCCUUCAUUCUUCAUCAACUUACUCUACCCUCCACAUCAACAACGCAAAUACGACGUCGUUUCACUCAAUGGCCUUACCAACCCCGAUAACAAGAAGCUCCUCGCCUACGACCCCGUCCACAGCAACCAGCUUGCGUGCGAUUCACGCUCCCCGGGAAACGACACUCCAAUCGGCCGCGCACUCUCUCAGCUUCUCAUCAGCGUCAAUGAUAUUCCCGUCAGUUCCAGAAAGUACGAGGUUGUUCGCUCCCUUGCGGAUAGGAUCAUCGACGAUAACCACUCCGACGGAGUCCCCUCGCUGCGUGAGGUUAACCGCGUCGUGCUUUCGGCGGCGUUUGAGAGGGCGCUCAGGCAGCUGGAGGCGGCGGUGGCCGAGCUAGGGGACGGUUACGACGACGGGGAUUUUCACCGCAUGAGGAAGGUUCUCAAGGCGGUGAAGACGGUGGGCAUGAGGGUUGCGGGAGCAGGAGUCGCAGCGGGAAGCGGAGAGUCGGGGAAUUUGGUUGGGAUUCCGGUGGAGAAGCUGGCGGCAGAGGUUUUGUGGAUGGGUCAGAAGCUGGCGGCGUGCGGAUUCCCUGAGGAAGCUGUGUGGCGGUGGGCGGCGGCGCGUAAUUUGGGUUUGCUGGCGCUGACGGCGGACCCGCGUUUGCAGUGUUCUCUGGUCAAACUGACAGCAUUCUUGUUCAAGGAAGCCAAAAACAUGGCGCAAGACGAAAUAGAUGAAGGCAAAGUGAAGGUAUACAUGCAAGUGAAGUUCAGGUUGCUACAGUCAUGGCUGCCACUGUUGUGUAGAGCCAGCAAUGGAACUGAUGCCCCAGUUCUAAGUGUUAGUGAGAGGACAGAGUUGGAGAGCGUGUUGGAGUACAUCAUAGAGAGAUUAGAAGCAGAGCAGCAAGAGCAGAUUCUCUCUCUUUGGCUGCACUAUUUCACACAUUCUCCAUCUUCUGAUUGGCCAAACCUCCAAAAUUGCUUUGCUCGUUGGUGCAAUGCAUCUCGCAAGCAGUUGCUCCUUAAUUGAAAAUUUUCAACUGGAGAUUGAAUUUUUUGGGCUACACUAUCUACUAUUAAUGUACAUUACUAGCCUGUAGGUUUCUGAGGUUCAAUCACCAGGUCUUCUAUUUUAUUUUAUUUAUUGUUGCACACACCUCUAAUGUAAAAAGGAAGCAUACAAUUCCCUUAUCGUUAUCGUUUUUUUUUUCAUUUUUGAUGUAAAGUGAACUCUAUUAUUAUUUUUGAGGGCUUAAAACGUCCAUAAAUUCCAAACUACAGAUUUAUUACAUUACGAAAUUAUUAUUA